AUGGCUCCCCCGGCCAGCAAAAGGAGGAAGACGGACCAUGUAUCCUCAGGCGACGAGGACGAUGAGGCGUCCUUCGCUUCUUUUGGCAGCGACGAGUCUGGAGAUGAAGAGGCCCCGGAUGAGGUGAACGGCUUGUCUGCUGAAGAGAUGGAUGAGGAUGCGGGGGACGAAGAGGAAGAUGAGGAUGAGGAUGAGGAUGAGGACCCGGCGGUGAAUCUGGAAAAUGUUCAGUCCAGGGCAAGAGCUGACAAGAAGGACAAGACUGCAUCGCAGUCAAACCCGAAGCCAGCCAGACGCGCAAAGGCAUCACAACCGACCAUAAGCACUCUCGCAAACGGAUCAUUCAAGAGCAAUGUCUUCAAACUGCAGGUGGAUGAGUUACUGGGUCAGAUACGCCCACGACAUGGGAAACGCGAGACAGACGCUGAGAGUGCUCUGCACACGAUCAAAAAGUCUAUCGAGCAGAUAAAACCUCGAGGGCCGUUCACGUCGGUCGACGCUGAGCGCGAUCUCAUCAGAGAGAAGGUUGCGAUACCGUUUCCCAAUCCAAGGCCACCAAAGGACGCAAAGUACAAAUUCGCCUACGAGAAGCCCGCCAACGUAAAUGUCGUCGGUAGCUAUGCUCUGAAGACCGCGAGCAGGUCGAAGGAGUUCUUAGAGAUUGAUAUGGUUGUUACCAUGCCCGCUUCUCUGUUUGAAGACAAAGACUAUUUGAACCACCGAUACUUCUACAAGAGAGCGUAUUACCUGGCUUGCAUCGCUGCAGGACUGAAAACGUCAAUAGGCAAAGAGCAGUCUGUGCGAUUCAAGCUGUUCCACGACAACCCUCUGAAGCCCAUAUUGGUGGCGAAGCCGAUUGGACCCAGUCGCGACGAGUCCAACGAUACACCGAAGUCGAAAUGGCGUAUCAAUAUCAUUCCUUGCGUGACUGAGAAACAGUUUCUAGCAGAAAAGCUCAGGCCAGACAGAAACUGCGUAAGAAGUCAGCACCAGGACGAAGUGCAGUCACCAACCCCAUUCUACAACUCUUCGUUGCGCUCGGAGAUGCUCAUGACACCCUACCUGAAGCUGCUUCACAGCGCAUCGAGAGCAUGUGAAUCCUUCAUCGAUGCAUGUCUUCUGGGAGCGACGUGGCUUCGACAGAGAGGAUUUCAGUCGUCGAUGGACUCUGGUGGUUUUGGCAGCUUUGAGUGGAACACACUGAUGGCUCUUGGCUUACAAGGCGGCGGGCCCAAUGGAAAGCCUCUAUUGAGUGAGGGAUACAGCAGCUACCAGCUUUUCAAGGCGACUUUGCAGCUACUCGCGAUGAAGAACUUCACUAAGCAGCCGCUACUGCUCGGCGAAAGCCAGACAGGACCGAAAGCUACUGCUGACGGGAUUCCCAUGGCAUGGGAUGCAGUGCGAAGUCACAACCUUCUGUUCGAGGUGACUCCUUGGGCGUACAAGCUAUUGAGACAGGAAGCGAGAAGCACCAUCACCGCUCUUGGAGAUCCACUACAUGAUGGCUUUGACGCGACCUUUAUCCUUCGUGUGCUCGAGCCACUCUACCGAUACGAUUGUCUCGUGGAAAUUCCAGCCAAAGCACUGUCUCUGGAACCUGAACCGCGAGAGCGUCUUAUUCAGCUCCACAAACUGUUGAAGCAGGGCCUAGGUGACCGUGUCACGCAGAUCAAUCUCCUCACUCAGCCGCUCGACGACUGGGCUUUGGGCUCAUCGCGACCAUUGGCUGGCAUCAAAGGCAAUGUAACCAUCGGUCUGGUGGUGAACGCUGACACAGCAAGACGCACGGUUGACCAUGGGCCGUCCGCUGAGAACAAGGCAGAAACUGCUGAGUUCCGCAAGUUUUGGGGAGAAAAGGCCGAGCUUCGUCGAUUCAAAGAUGGAAGCAUUCUUGAAAGCUUGGUCUGGGCAAACCCAGAGAGUGGUAUGUCUGUUAAUGAGCAGGUCAUUCGCUACACACUCGGACACCACUUCGGACUCGUAGCCAUGGACGACAUCACCUUCAGUGGCGACUUCGCUAAGUUGGUGAGGGGUGGUAGUGAUCGAUCCAGCUUCGAACCAUUGAUGGCUCAAUGCAAGAAGUUCGAGAACGACAUUCGAGACCUGCAUGAUCUGCCACUUUCAAUCAGGCAUAUCCUGCCAGCGGAUCCACAACUUCGCUUCGCCUCUGUCAAAGCGCCCCAUCACGGCAAACUUGCCCAGAAACCUGUGCCGGCAGAUAUAACGAUACAAUUUGAAGGCUCUUCUCGGUGGCCGGACGACCUGGUCGCCAUACAACGUACAAAGAUCGCCUUCCUUCUCAAGAUCAACGACCUUCUCCAAGACGCUGUCGACAAUGUCACUACACGGAUCGGACUUGAGAAUGAGGGGCAAGAUGUCUUGAAUCAGGCAUAUCUCGACGUGAGUUACGAUUCAGACGCCACCUUCAGACUGCGCAUAUACCACGAGCGCGAGCAAGGCUUGUUCGAACGGAAGCUCAAGGACAAGACCGCAGACCCGAAGUCCCGUGAGAUUGCAGCGACAGGCCUCGCCAAGCACAAGCGAGACUUCGUCAAGAACCCUGCUCACACACAAGCCAUUGCCCGCUUGUGUACUCGACAUGCGGCCCUAAGUGGCUCUAUCAGGCUGACGAAGAAGUGGUUUGCCUCGCAUCUUCUGUCCAACCAUAUCGCCGACGAAGUCGUAGAGCUGCUCGUCGUUCGUACUUUUACUCAACCAUGGCCUUGGCAAACACCCUCGAGCGUGCAGACCGGCUUCUUGAGAACUCUUUCUUGGAUCUCUCGAUGGGACUGGCGCGCGGAUCCCCUCAUCGUUGAUCUCUCUGCUAGUGGUGAGCUGAAGCAACCGCAGGCUGAAGCCAUAGCAACCAACUUCGAAGCCUGGCGCAAGUUAGACCCUGCGAUGAAUCGUGUAGCCUUGUUCGCCGCAUCGAACCUUGACUCAGAUGGGACCACGUGGACAGAUGGUGUUCCUGCAAAGGUUGUAGCUGGCCGUAUGACUGCACUGGCCAAGGCUGCCUGUUCGGAGAUAUCAGACAAGCAAUUGCGGUUGGAACCACGUGCUUUGUUCUCUUCGCCACUGGAAGAUUUUGAUAUGGUCCUUCAUCUCAAUCCUGCCUUCGCCGGUGGCAAGAGCAGGAGGUCAAUGGGUAACGGCGCGGCUUUCAAGAACCUGGAACUGGAGGCUCUAACUGACACUGAUAUGAUCGGCCACGAGCCCGUGCAAGAGUUCUUGAAAGAACUGGAAGAUUUGUAUGGAUCUGCGCUCUUGCUAUUCUACGGCGGCACCGAGAGGCCUGUCAUCACUGGACUGUGGAGCCCGCUCACCGCGCGACGAAGCUGGAAAGUCAAUUUGUCAUAUUCCACGAUACCCGUGAAAGGCAAAGACGAGGAAAGUGAUGUUCUGGCAGACCUGAACAAAGAUGCUGUCCUCGCAGAAAUCGCUAGGCUGGGCGGAGAUCUUGUUGAGAAGAUUGAGGUGUACAAACAUUGA